AUGUCACCCCCCUCGGGGCUCACCUCCCUCCUCGUGGUCGGCCUGACGUCUUGCGUCCUCGGCGCCGAGAAGGGGGGCGCGCCCAUCUCCCUGCCGGUCCGGACGGUCGGACGAGGUGCAGAUGCCGUCCGCGGCCUUGAGCCACGUGGAUCCGCCGUCGCCAAUGUGCUCAGUUCCGCCGACUACUACGCGAUUGAAGUCGCCAUUGGCGCCCCUGGCCAAGUCGUCGCGCUUGAAGUCGACACCGGCUCUUGGGACUUGUGGGUGAACCCAGACUGCAGCAAUGCAGGACCAAUACCGGGGUCCAGUGAUCGUUGCAAAGCCGCCGGUCAAUACUGGCCGUCAGAUACUUCGACGCCUGAAGACCCAGCCACAGCAACCUACCAGACGACCGGCUUCGGCCAGUUCGCGGGAGACGUCAACCUGUCUUACUACACUGAUUUUGUCGACAUUGGUGUAAGACUGACAAAUCAAAUAUUCGGUGUUGCCACGGCAAGUCAUAAUGAAUCCGUGGGCAAGAUGGGUCUUGGUCCUCACCCCGUUUAUGGGUUCAACGAGACACUGGUACUAUCUCAGAUUGCGAACCUGGGAUAUCUCAACAGCAGGGCUUUCAGCUUGACCCUUCCAUCUCUGGACAAGCCUGAUGGCACAGGUACUUUGAUAUUCGGAGGUAUUGAUAAGGGCAAGUUCACUGGAGGCCUAGAGAAGCUUGAUAUCAUUCCUCCUGAGGCCGCACCUGUUAAGAAAUACGCCAACUGGGUCCGCCUCGACUCCCUCCAAUUAUACAUCCCGCCCUUCUCCUUCGGGACCAAGUAUUCCCUGCCGCAGACCCUCGCCACCGGCGGGACAGGCGUCAUCAUCGACAGCGGCUCCUCGUCCGUCGCGCUGCCGCCAAACAUCACCCAGGCCAUCUACACCCAGCUGAGCGCGACGCCCGACACGAGCCUAGGCAUCACGCUGAACAAGGUCGACUGCGGGCUGCGCGGCUCCUCGGGCUUCCUGAGCUUCGGCUUCAAUGACACCGUCAUUAGUAUCGAGAUGCGAGAGCUAGUCAUGGACGGCGCGUCGAUUGGCAAAAAUGGGUCGUGCUAUCUGCUGCUAUACCCCAAUGACAUUCCCCUGCUCGGGGCGCCGUUCUUGAGGGCGGCCUAUGCUAUUUUCGAUUGGGACACGCAAGACAUUCACAUUGCGCGCUCGGCAAAUUGUGGCACUGAUGUUCAGGCCCUAGAAGCUGGCGAUGAGGCCAUGAGCGGCAUCGUGGGCAACUGCUUCCCGUCACCAAAGAAGGCCAAACUCAAUGCCCCGGUGAGGAGGAGGUGGUAA